AAAUAUGAACCUUCUUCUUCUUUAAUUCACUCCCCACACACACUCUCUCUCACACAGUCACACUUGUUUCUCUCUCUUCAAUGGCGGAGCAGCCCCACUCCACCGCCGUGAUUCCUCCUCCGUCCGCUUCAUUGCCGGAGGAAAGUUUGCCCGGCAGCUCUCAGACGCCGCUCCGGUCCGGAAGAGGAGGCUGGAGUAUCCGCGACGGCUCUGCCGCCAUUUUUAGGGACGAUACCUGCUCCUGCUUCGUCGUGGUCUUCAGCUUGUGGUUCUUCGUGUCAAUGACUAUGAUACUGGGGGUUUACGGGUCCAUGACCGUCGUGCUGGGUCCAAAAUCAUCAACCGUUUUCCAACCUAGUCCCGUGUUCGUACAAUCUGUGAAGGUAGAAAACUUAAAGGCAAACCCUGGCCCUGGACCCAUUCUUUAUGGGACAUAUCAGUAUCCCCCACUCGAUGUUGUUACCACUUGGGGAGAAAGUUGUAAUGUGUCUCUUCCCUCGGGCUCAUACAAGGAAUGGAAAUAUUAUCUGAAUAGUGGGUCUUCAGUAAAUAUUUCGUUUCAUGUGAGCUCUAGGAGCUCUUCUGUUUUCCUUGUAAUUUCAAAAGGGGACGGGAGCCUCACUCGGUGGCUGGAGGACCCAACAGAACCUAAUACGACUCUGUCAUGGAAUGUGAUCCAUGGAACUGGUAUGAUUACACAGGACAUACUCUGGUCGUCUAGCUAUUAUGUUGCAUUGGGUAAUUUGGAUGAAGAUGUGGAGGUGGCAUUAAACUUCAGUGUGAGGGCCUCCUUGCAUAAUACAACGAAUGCUUACUACAAAUGUGCUCUUACCAAUGGUCCAUGCAGUUUGAAUCUUAUCUUUCACGAUGGGAGUGCUGCUGUCUUAGUUACUCCUGGUCCACAACAGAAUGCAUCCAAUGAGUGGUAUGUCAAACUAUCCUAUGGACCAAGAUGGAUGACCUAUAUUUUUGGCAUUGGUGGAUUGACUUUGCUUGUGUUUGGGGCCUUCAACUUCUUGAACCAGCUUCAGUGUGCUCAUGAAGAUAGAGCAGGAGUUAGAUCUGAGGGAACAUCACCUCAGAGAGCCCCUUUGCUUUCUAACAAAGAUGAUGAUCUUUCAAGCUGGGGUUCAUCAUAUGAGUCCUUGCCACAAGAUGAGGAGGAUAUUGACUUUCUUCCAGGAGGCCCCAUUGAUGGGAAGAUUUUAGGUGAUGGUGAAACCAGUAAUAAUACACGGCGUCUUUGUGCUAUUUGCUUUGAUGCUCCAAGGGACUGCUUCUUCCUUCCAUGUGGGCACUGUGUGGCUUGUUUUGCUUGUGGAACUAGGAUAGCGGAGGCAGCUGGCACUUGCCCUGUUUGUCGUAGGAACAUGAAGAAGGUUAGGAAGAUUUUCACUGUUUGAUCAGUGCACUGCCUUGUGUAGAGAUUAAAUGAACAGUCAUCAGAAUCAUAGAUUACCUUUUAUGUACUCAACUACACAUUAUUUUCUUGUCAAUCAUUAGCAAUGAUCAAGCAAUAGUGUCUGCUGGUGAGGGUCGUAUUGGCCAUUGCAACAUUGCCUAAUGUAAUAGUAACUAGAUCAAUAGCCACCAGAAUCAUAGAUUACAUUUUAUGUAUAAAACUACACAUCAAUGAUCAAGCUAAUGGUACCUGCUGGUGAGGGUCGUAUUGACCAUUGCCGAAAUACCUGGGAAGGUGUGUUUCCUUCAAAGGAAGGAAGAAGAGGGGAGGCAAAGAGGGAUAUCAUUGUUUGGUUUGGUUCAAGAAAACGGGAGAAGAGAGGGAAAGGUCACCUUGUGUGGUUAGUAAGGAGAGGAGAAGAAAAAUAUGGAUGAUAUAUUGUUUUAUUCUUAUAAAAUAAUAACGGGGAGAUAAAACAAAAUCUCAUGAUAGAUUUAUUUUGUA